AUGUGUGUGCACCUCUCUGUGUGUGUGCAGAUGAGGGACAUGCCUGUUGUACCCAUGUGUGUGCACGUGCAGGUGAGGGAUGUGAUUGUGUACUCACAUGUGUGUGCAGGUGUCUGUGCAGGUGAGGAACAUGUAUGUGCACCCAUGUGUGUGCACCCACGGGUGUGUACAGCUGAGGGACACGUUUGUGCACCUCUGGUUGUGCACCACAUCCGUGAGCCGGGGAGGGACGUGUGUGUGCACCACUGCGCGUGCACGGGCACACACGAGUGCGUGUGCACGGCGGCUCCCGGUUCUCCCAGUCCCUCCCCAUUUCCCCAGCCCGGUUCUCCCGGUCUCUCCCCACUCUCCCCAUUUCCCCCGCCCGGUCCUCCCGGUCCCUCCCCAUCACUCCCCUCCCCCGGCCCGGUUCUCCCGGUCUCCCCCCUGCCCAGCCCGGUUCUCCCGGUCUCUCCUCAUCUCUCCCCAUCUCCCCUGGCCUGGUUCUCUCGCUCCCUCCCCGUCUCCCCCCGUCCGAUUCUCCUGGUCUCUCCCCAUCUCUCCCCUCCCCCUGCCCGGUUCUCCCAGUCCCUCCCCAUUUCCCCCGCCCGGUUCUCCCGGUCUCUCCCCAUUUCCCCCGCCCGGUUCUCCCGGUCCCUCCCCAUUUCCCCCGCCCGGUUCUCCCGGUCCCUCCCCAUCUCUCCCCUCCCCCGCCAGCGUCGCGGGGCCGCCCCCGUCCCUGCCGUCCCUCCCUCGGCCGCCGCCUCCCGGUGCCCGCCCCGCCGCCGGUGCCCCCGCCCCGGCCCCAUCUCGCCCCGCGCUCCGGGCGGCUCCGGCGCCGCUGCUGCCGAUGCUGCCGCUGCUGCUGAUGCUGCCGAUGCCGCCGCCGUGACGGGCUCGGCCGCCACCCUCGGCACCGGCAGCGGGGCUGGGGGGGGUGGUGGGAUUGGGAACGACUGGCGUGUGUGUGUGUGUGUGGGGAGGGGGGCGCUGUCGCUGUCGCUGUCGCGAGGGGCCAUGUCGGCUCGCGACAGUGUCCAGAUCCCCGACGACCGGGACUUCGGCGCGUUCCGAGCGGAGUGUAAAUCGGAGCGGGGCUGGAGCCUGACCUACAGCAAAGCGGCGCUGGCCGUGUGGGUGCAGCUGCUGGAGCCCGAGCGCUCCCUCCAUAAGAUCAAGUGCAGGAUGGAGUGCCAGGACGUGCCAGCUGCCACCCUGUACGACGUGCUGCACGACACCGAGUACCGCAGCAAGUGGGACACCAACGUCAUCGAGACCUUCGACAUCGGCCGCCUCACCGUCAACUCCGACGUGGGCUACUAUGCCUGGAGGUGUCCCAAGCCCCUGAAGAACAGGGAUGUCAUCACCCUGCGCUCCUGGCUGCCCAUGGGCAGUGACUACAUCAUCAUGAACUACUCUGUCAAGCACCCGAAGUACCCCCCAAGGAAGGACAUGGUGAGGGCUGUCUCCAUCCAGACCGGGUACCUGAUCGAGGGCACGGGGCCCAAGAGCUGCACCAUCACCUACCUGGCACAAGUGGACCCCAAAGGUUCUCUGCCAAAGUGGGUGGUGAACAAAUCCUCCCAGUUCCUGGCUCCCAAGGCCAUGAAGAAGAUGUACAAGGCUUGCCUCAAGUACCCAGAGUGGAAGCUGAAGCACCAGCCCGAGUUCAAGCCGUGGCUGUUCCCGGAGCAGAGCCGGCUGCCCGCGCUGGCCCUGGCGGAGCUGUCGCUGCAGCACGCCGACUCGCUGGAGAACAUCGACGAGAGCGCCCUGGCCGAGGCCAAGGAGGAGGCCAGCGAUGAGGACAGUGUCAACUGACCCCCCCUGGAACCCCUGACACCCCCCUGACCCCCCCUGAGUGUGCCUGAGCCCCCUGGACCCCCCUGAAGCCCCCUGAGUGUGCCUGACCCCCCUGGACACCCCCUGGACACCCCCUGGACACCCCCUGGCCGAGGCCAAGGAGGAGGCCAGCGAUGAGGACAGUGUCAACUGACCCCCCCUGGAACCCCCUGACACCCCCCUGACCCCCCCUGAGUGUGCCUGACCCCCCUGGACACCCCCUGGACACCCCCUGAGUGUGCCUGAUGCCCCUGGACACCCCCUGGACACCCCCUGGACACCCCCUGGCUGAGGCUAAAGGGGAGGCCAGUGAUGAGGACAGUGUCAACUGACCCCCCCUGGAACCCCCUGACACACCCCUGACCCCCCUGAAUGUGCCUGAGCCCUCUGGACCCCCCUGACCCCCCCUGAGUGUGCCUGACUCCCCUGGACACACCUGACCCCCCCUGAAGCCCCCUGAAUGUGCCUGAUGCCCCUGAACACCCCCUGAACACCCCCUGGCUGAGGCUCAGGAGGAUGCCAGUGAUGAGGACAGUGUCAACGGACCCCCCUGGACCCCCUGACACCCCCCAAAAGCCCCCUGAAUGUGCCUGAGCCCCCUGGACCUCCCUGACCCCCCCUGAAUGUGCCUGAUGCCCCUGGACACCCCCUGGACACCCCCUGAACACCCCCUGGCUGAGGCUAAAGGGGAGGCCAGCAACGAGAACAGUGUCAACUGACCCCCCCUGGAACCCCUUGACACCCCUCAAAGCCCCCUGAAUGUGCCUGACUCCCCUGGACCCCCCUGAAGCCCCCUGAAUGUGCCUGAUGCCCCUGGACACCCCUUGGACACCCCCUGGCCAAGGCCAAUAAGGAGGCCAGUGAUGAAGACAGAAUCAACUGACCCCCCCUGGAAGCCUCUGACACUCCCCAAAAGCCCCCUGAACCUGCCUGACCCCCCCGGACACCCCAUGGACACCCCCUGGCUGAGGCUCAGGAGGAGGCCAGUGAUGAGGACAGUGUCAACUGACCCCCCCUGGAACCCCUGACACACCCCAAAAGCCCUCUGAAUGUGCCUGACCCUCCUGGACACCCCCUGAACACCCCCUGGCUGAGGCUAAAGGGGAGGCCAGUGAUGAGGACAGUGUCAACUGACCCCCCCUGGAACCCCCUGAAGCCCCUUGAACAUGCCUGACCCCCCUGGACACCCCUGACCCCCCCUGAAGCCCCCUGAAUGUGCCUGACCCCCCCCUGGACCCCCUCUGAACACCCCCUGGCUGAGGCUCAGGAGGAGGCCAGUGAUGAGGACAGUGUCAACUGACCCCCCCUGGAACCCCCUGACACCCCCCUGAACCUGCCUGAAUGUGCCUGACUCCCCUGGAACCCCCUGAACCUGCCUGACCCCCUUGAACCCCCCCUGACCCCCCCUGAACGUGCCUGACCCCCCUGGACCCCCCUGAACCUGCCUGACUCCCCUGGACACCCCCUGAACACCCGCUGGCUGAGGCUAAAGAGGAGGCCAGCGAUGAGGACAGUGUCAACUGACCCCCCCUGGAACCCCCUUACACCCCCCUGAAGCCCCCUCAAUGUGCCUGAGCCCCCUGGACCUCCCUGACACCCCCUGAAUGUGCCUGAUGCCCCUGGACACCCCCUGGCUGAGGCUGAAGAGGAGGCCAGUGAUGAGGACAGUGUCAACUGACCCCCCCUGGAACCCCCUGACACCCCCCUGAACCUGCCUGACGCCCCUGGACCCCCCUGACCCCCACUGAAUGUGCCUGACCCCCCUGGAACCCCCCCUGAACAUCCCCUGCCCGAGGCUCAGGAGGAGGCCAGUGACAAGGACAGCAUCAUCUGACCCCCCCCUGAGCCCCCCUGACCCCCUCUGAUCCCCACUGAACACCCCCAGACCCCCUCAGGACUCUUUUGCCCCUGGACCCACCUCCCCAAUCAUCCCUCACCCCCCCCACUUAUGAUUUGGGGAGACUCCCCCCCACAAGACACACGCUGCUGUGACCCCCCCACGGGGGCAGUGGGACCAUGGAGGGGUCUCCCCAGGCCAGUAGCUGCCCCCCCAAACCCAGGGGGUCUCAGGGGGCUCCUGGCACCUCCAGAUGUACUGAGGGGGGGCUCCUGGCACCUCCAGAUGUGCUAUGGGGGGGGUCUCAGGGGGCUCUUGGUACCUCCAGAUGUGCUGGGGGGGGUCUCAGGGGGCUCCUGACACCUCCAGAUGUGCGGAGGGGGUCUCAGGGGGCUUCUUGCACCUUCAGAUAUGCUGACGGGGGGGUCUCAGGGGGCUCCUGGCACCUCCAGAUGUGCUGGGGGGGGUCUCAGGGGGCUCCUGGCACUUCCAGAUGUACUGAAGGGGGGGUCUCAGGGGGCUCCUGGCACCUCCAGAUAUGCUGGAGGGGUCUGAGGGGCCUCCUGGCACUUCCAGAUGUGCUGAGGGGGGGUCUCAGGGGGCUCCUGGCACCUCCAGAUGUGCUGGGGGAGGUCUCAGGUGGCUCCUGUCACUUCCACAUGUGCUGGGGGGGGUCUCAGGGGGCUUCUGGCACCUCCAGAUGUGCUGAGGGGGGGUCUCAGGAGGCUCCUGGCACCUCCAGAUGUGCUGGGGGGGUCUCAGGGGGCUUCUUGCACCUUCAGAUAUGCUGACGGGGGGGUCUCAGGGGGCUCCUGGCACCUCCAGAUGUGCUGGGGGGGGUCUCAGGGGGCUCCUGGCACUUCCAGAUGUACUGAAGGGGGGGGUCUCAGGGGGCUCCUGGCACCUCCAGAUAUGCUGGAGGGGUCUGAGGGGCCUCCUGGCACUUCCAGAUGUGCUGAGGGGGGGUCUCAGGGGGCUCCUGGCACCUCCAGAUGUGCUGGGGGAGGUCUCAGGUGGCUCCUGUCACUUCCACAUGUGCUGG